AUGGCUCUGCUGCCAGGGCCCGCAGAACAGCCCUGCGUCAGUGGUUUCAGUGGUGGCCUCACUGGCACUCGGCACAUCAUCAUCAAUGUUGGUGGCUGUCGGCUGCGCCUGCCUUGGGCCGCGCUGACCCGCUGCCCCCUGGCGCGCCUGGAGCGCCUACGCACCUGCCGCGACCCUGCCGAGCUGCUGCGCGUGUGCGACGACUACGACGCGGGCAGGGACGAGUUCUUCUUCGACCGCAACCCCUGCGCCUUUCGCAUCAUUGCAGCGCUGCUGCGCGCAGGCAAGCUGCGACUCCUGCGCGACUCGUGUGCGCUGGCCUUCCGCGACGAGCUGGCCUACUGGGGCAUCGACGAGGCGCACCUGGAGCGCUGCUGUCUGCGGAGGCUGCGGCGCCGCGAGGAGGAGGCAGCUGAGGCCGACCGUGGGGCUGGCUCGAGCCGCGCCUCCGUGGCCUCCCCUGAGUGCGCCCUGGGGGCCAGCGGGCGGCUGGCGCAGGGCCGGCGGUUCCUGCGUGACGUGGUGGAGAACCCGCGCUCGGGGCUGGCAGGCAAGCUCUUUGCCUGCAUUUCUGUCUCCUUCGUGGCCAUCACGGCCGUGGGUCUCUGCCUAAGCACCAUGCCAGACAUCCGCGCAGAGGAGGAGCGGGGCGAGUGCUCCCCCAAGUGCCGCAACCUCUUCGUGCUGGAGACUGUGUGCGUGGCCUGGUUCUCCUUCGAGUUCCUGCUGCGGUCUGUGCAGGCCGAGAGCAAGUGCGCCUUCCUGCGGACGCCGCUCAACAUCAUUGACAUAUUGGCCAUCCUGCCCUUCUAUGUGUCGCUGCUGGUGGACCUAGCGGCGGGCACGGGCGGGAACAAACUACUGGAGCGCGCGGGGCUCGUUCUGCGGCUACUGCGCGCGCUGCGCGUGCUCUACGUGAUGCGCCUGGCACGCCACUCGCUGGGGCUGCGCACGCUGGGGCUGACGGCGCGCCGCUGCGCGCGAGAGCUGGGCCUGCUGCUGCUCUUCCUCUGCGUGGCAAUGGCGCUCUUUGCGCCGCUGGUGCACCUGGCCGAGCGCGAGCUGGGCGCGCACCGCGACUUCUCCAGUGUGCCGGCCAGCUACUGGUGGGCCGUCAUCUCGAUGACCACUGUGGGCUAUGGUGACAUGGUACCACGCAGCCUGCCUGGGCAGGUGGUGGCGCUGAGUAGCAUCCUCAGCGGCAUCCUGCUGCUGGCUUUCCCUGUCACCUCCAUCUUCCACACCUUCUCACGCUCCUACUCUGAGCUAAAGGAGCAGCAGCAGCGCGCCGCCAGCCUGGAGCAGGCUCUGCCUGAGGACAGCACGCGCUCGCCCACCCAGGACAGUGCACACAGCCCCGACAAUGCACUUGUGAUUGGGGGCAUGGACAGCGGAGACUCCAGGGUAGGGCAGUGGGCAUGA